AUGGUUGAUCAGAACGUCCAAGCUCUCGUCAUUGACAACGGUUCAGGAAUGUGCAAGGCCGGUAUAGCCGGUGACGAUGCCCCAAGAGCUGUCUUCCCAAGCAUUGUCGGUCGCCCAAGAAUGCCUGGAAUCAUUGUAGGAACUGAACAAAAAGAAGUCUAUAUUGGUGAUGAAGCACAAGCUAAGAGAGGUGUUCUCAAUCUUAAAUAUCCAAUUGAGCACGGGAUUGUUACUAACUGGGAUGAUAUGGAAAGAAUCUGGCAUCAUACUUUCUUCAACGAAUUAAGAGUCCCAGCUGACGAGCACCCAGUCCUACUCACUGAAGCUCCUCUGAACCCUAAGAACAACAGAGAAAAGAUGACUCAAAUCAUGUUCGAAACUUUCAACGUCCCUGCUUUCUACGUCGCCAUCCAAGCUGUGCUGUCAUUAUACAGCUCUGGCAGAACCACUGGUAUGGUAGUGGAUUCUGGCGAUGGAGUCACCCACGUCGUCCCAAUCUAUGAAGGCUACGCUCUGCCUCAUGCAAUUCAAAGAAUCGACGUCGCCGGUCGUGACUUAACCUUGCACUUAGUUAGACUUAUGACUGAGAGAGGCCACUCACUGACCAAUUCAGCUGAAAAAGAAAUCGUCAGAGAUAUCAAAGAGAAACUCUGCUACGUCGCUUUGGACUUCCAAGAAGAAAUGAACAAAGCUAGAACUUCUUCAGAAAUCGAGAAAAACUACGAGAUGCCUGAUGGAAGCACAGUUACACUUGGAAGUGAAAGAUUCAGAGCCCCAGAAGCUUUGUUCCAGCCAAGCUUGUUAGGGCUUGAUAUUGACGGCAUGGACGAGACUACUUAUAAAUCAAUCAUGAAAUGUGACCUGGAUAUCAGAAGAGACUUAUACGGAAACGUUGUUAUGAGUGGAGGGUCUACUAUGUAUCCAGGAAUUGCUGAAAGACUAAACAAAGAACUUGUAGCAAAGGCACCACCAAGCAUGAAAAUUAAAGUUGUUGCACCACCUGAAAGAAAAUACUCAGUCUGGAUUGGAGGGUCAAUUCUCAGCUCACUUUCAAGCUUCCAACAAAUGUGGGUCACCAAGGCUGAAUAUGAUGAAGCAGGAGCUAGCAUUGUUCACCGCAAGUGCUUCUAA